AUGCCCCUUAAAUCAGAAUUAACUAUAGAUGUAGGACCAAAGGCUACCAGUCGAGUCCCUGCAUGCUGCUCAGCUCGCUACAAUCUAGCACUACUGGCCUUUUUUGGGUUCUUCCUCCUGUAUGCAUUACGUGUGAACCUGAGCGUUGCUCUGGUGGAUAUGGUAGAACCUAACACAAGCUUAGCAAAGAAUACGACUUCCAAUGUGUGUCCAGAGCAUUCUUCCACCAUAAAUGUUCCUCGCAACACAACGGGAGAAAAAUAUUCUUGGGAUGCUGAUACUCAGGGAUGGAUCCUUGGUUCUUUUUUCUAUGGCUAUAUCGUUACCCAGAUUCCAGGAGGAUAUCUUGCAAGCAAAAUUGGAGGAAAGCUGUUGCUGGGGUUUGGCAUCUUUGGCACCUCUGUAUUCACCUUGCUUACUCCCCUAGCUGCAAAUCUGGGAGUUGGCUACCUCAUAGCUGUUAGAGCCUUGGAAGGACUGGGAGAGGGUGUUACCUUCCCAGCUAUGCAUUCAAUGUGGUCUUCUUGGGCUCCUCCACUGGAACGCAGCAAGCUUCUUAGUAUUUCAUAUGCAGGUGCACAGCUGGGAACUGUUGUCUCUCUGCCACUAUCUGGUUUAAUUUGCUACUAUAUGAACUGGAUUUAUGUGUUUUACAUAUUUGGUGCACUUGGCGUACUAUGGUGGUUCUUCUGGAUGUGGUUGGUUAGUGAUACACCAGAAACUCAUAGGAGCAUUUCACAUGCUGAAAGAGAAUAUAUACUCUCUUCUCUAAAAGAUCAGCUUUCUACACAGAAAUCUGUUCCCUGGAGACCUAUACUGGAGUCCCUUCCACUCUGGGCUAUCGUUGUGGCACACUUCUCUUAUAAUUGGACUUUCUACACACUACUUACACUCUUGCCCACAUACAUGAAGGAGAUCCUGCGGUUUGAUGCACAGGAGAAUGGUUUUUUGUCUGCCCUACCUUAUUUUGGCUGCUGGUUAUGUAUAAUUCUAUCUGGGCAAAUUGCUGAUUACUUACGGCAAAACCAGAACUUGUCCACUGUUUGUGUCCGCAAAUGUUUUACCCUAAUAGGAAUGAUUGGACCUGCAGUGUUCUUAGUAGCAGCUGGAUUCAUAGGUUGCAACUAUGCACUGGCUGUUGCAUUCGUGACCAUAUCAACAACACUAGGAGGAUUUUGUACAUCUGGCUACAGCAUAAACCAUCUGGACAUAGCACCUUCAUAUGCUGGAAUUCUCCUUGGGAUCACAAAUACUUUUGCUACUAUCCCAGGAAUGGUGGGGCCAGUUAUUGCCAAGAGCCUCACUCAUAAUAAUACCGUGGGAGAAUGGCAGACUGUUUUCUAUAUUGCUGCUUCUAUUAAUCUAUUUGGAGCAAUUUUCUUUGCAUUAUUUGCAAGUGGAGAAGUUCAGGACUGGGCAGUCAGUGGAUAUCACUUGCACAGAAACUGAAAGUGACAUUGAAAUACCAAAGUUGUGCUAAAACCCAAUGUGCUAGAAUUAUGUGACCGGAAAAGUGCCUUCCCUACUGGUGCCUAGGAAUCUUCAGUGCUUUUCAGUUAAACUAUUUUAUCUGUGUAUCUUUUGUAAUGAAAAUAAUUUGACAGCAUAUGUGUGCUAUUUCCUAACAAGAAACUACUUGGAUUAAAUAUAAGAGUUUCAUGCUAGGACUUGAUAUCAAAUACAUGAUCGGAGAACAUUUUAAAUCUCUGUGCUAGGCUCCAAUUCUUUCCAGUUUUUAAUUAAUAUUUUCUGGAUUAAUGUGUAGGCAGAUGUUUGUUGAUACUGAAAUGAGAGGAAAAAGCAAAGUGAUUAUGUAGCACUGUAAAAAGGA